GAAGGUAUUUGACAAUCAUACAAUUAUUCAUUCCACUAUAGAUAAAUGAAAACACGACGUCGUACACAAAAUAUACUGCCUCAACCAAUGUGCAACAGACACACGUUAUAUUUAUCUGUCUCCUUUUUUACAAACACUACAAAAAAAUAAUUGAAUUACAUCCAGAAACUAAAAUAAAAAUAAAAUCACAGCAUCUAUAAAUAUCUCAUUUCCUAUCUUACGUUAGCCAAAAAGUUUCCAAAAAAAAAAACACACAUAUCUAGAGAGAGAAUUAUUCGAAAACAAGAAAAAAAAUGCUUCUCUUCUUAAAAUCAAUAAGUUCCAGAUCUUUUAAUCAUCAAGAUUUUAAGAACAAUAAUAGCAGCUGCAAGGAAUUAACAACAACAUCGUCGUCGUCGUUAUCGUCAUCGUCAUCGUGUAUAUCGUUAACAGUAUGGAGAAAAUCACUUAUAUUUAGCUGUAAAGGAUUUACAGUUAUUGGGUCCGAUGGAAAUUUAGUGUAUAGAGUUGAUAAUUAUUCUGGUAGACGUGACCAAACUAUUUUAAUGGAUGCUUCUGGAAAACCUAUUCUCACUAUAUGUCGCCAUAAGAAACUAAGGAUAGUAGACAAUAAUUGGUUCAUAUAUGAAGGAGAAGUACUUGGAGAUCAUGAUUACAAGGCAUCAUCAUUAAGAAAGAAGCCUAUAUUUUGUGUAAAGAAACAAAUGAAGAUUUUACAUAGUAAUAUUAAUGUACUUGCCCAUGUUUAUUAUCAUGGAACAUCAUCAAACAAGACAUAUUCUUAUAUUAUUGAAGGGUCAUAUGCAAACAGAACAUGUAAAGUGUUGGAUGCAAAAUCAAGAAAUGUUGUGGCAGAAAUUAGGAAGAAACAAGCAGUAAUUGGUGGUGUUACUUUUGGAUUAGAAGUUUUUGCAUUAAUUGUAAUGCCAGGAUUUGAUUCUGGAUUUGCCAUGGCUAUGGUGGUGUUGUUAGACCAAAUGUUCUCCUAAUUUAUAAGUUGUUUCAAUAUAUGUUAGUUAAUUUUAUGUAGCGAUCA